UGUAUUGACUCUGCAGAAAGUUGGUGACUUCUGCGCACUGUACGCCUCAGCAUGCGCUGACCCUGCUCUGUGAUUUUACAUGGAAUUGUUGCUAUAAAUGCUUUUAUUUCAGUAUUGAAUCCAAAUGUGCAAGACAAAUGUCCUUUUUGUGGUGAAAGAGAAACUAUUUUUCAUUGUUUUAUGUACUGUGAGAGAUUAAGACCUUGGUUUGGUUUAUUGGAGAUUUUGUUUGCUAAUGUUAAUGAAAUGUUUACAAUGAUUGUGUUUAUUUUUGGUUUUAAAUAUUGUAAAAGGAAAAAUAAGAAAGGACGGUUGUUAAAUUUUAUCUUAGGUCAAGCUAAGAUGGCAGUUUAUAUUAGUAGGAAAUAUAAAAUUGCUGGCAGUAGUAAGAAUGUUGAAUUGUUAUUCAAGGGGCUUAUAAAAGCACGAAUAAAACAUGAUUUUAUUUUCUAUUCUCAUAUGAGGAAAUUGGAAAAUUUUGAAGAGGUUUGGAAUGUAGGAAGAAUGUUGUGCUGGAUUGAAAAUGAUGCAUUGCACUUUGUUGAGGAAUUGGAGUAAACUAAAUUUUAUGUGAUAGUGUUUUUGUUUUGUAUUUGAUGUUGUAUAAUUAAUAAAGGUGUGUUAAUCUCUCUCUCUCUCUCUCUCUCUCUCAGGUAAAGUGUCUGUAUGUUUUAUACCUGUCUCUCUCUCUCAGAUAUAGUGCCUGUAGGUGUGAUAGCAGGUGGAUCUGUUGGAUCUUCCAUUUUGCUUCUGCUCCUCCUGUUUGCUCUGAUAUUCUAUCUGUAUCGACAGCGCAAAGGCAGUUGUCGUGGAGUGACGCUGAAGCCAGACAUUAAGGUGGAAACAGUCAACAAGGAGACUCACAGUCUUGAGGAAGAGGCAGCCAGCGCUUCCACAGCCACGCGAAUGGUAAAGGCUAUGUAUUCUGACCCCACCAACGGCUACUACAAUGUUCGAGCUACGACACAUGACGAGGUCCGUGCCUCUACCCGCUCCCUGCUGUACCAGGAAUUCCGGCCACCAAAUCCUGCUUCAGUUUCAGCAUCAGCCGGCGGCCCCGUGGCCAACAUUCACCCUGCUCCUACCGUUAUGAGCCCCGGCCCGCUUUCCGAAUGGCUCACAACACAUACGCCCAUUUUAACACCAUUGCCAGGGCGUCACAAACUGAAACUGUCUCCAAGACCACAGACUAUUCUGGAGACCGUGGCCUGCUGGAAUCAACCAAUCCGCUGGCUUUUGACAGCUACGCUUAUUCAACGACACCUCAAUACAGGUUAGGCUUUGCUCCAACUUUGGAGGCAGGACCAGCCUAUGAAAUAUAUCCUACGGGACAAGGGGUGGGGACAAGUCAAGACACUAAUGUAGAAAAAAUACCCCAGCUCCACCCAAUUUCCAUAUUCGACCCCGCACACAGAAUACUCUCAGAGACACACGCAGAGAAUGCAGACUCAUGUGUGAGACCAACACACUUUUCCUCACAAAAAAGCACUUCCGUGACACAAAUAUAUGGUACACAUGCUCAUUAUUACACAUUCUUACAGUCUGAAACUCUCUUUCCAACACAACUAUAUGCAAACACACACACAAACUGCAUUUUCUACCUUUACAACAACAUGACUGAAAGAAAAAAAAGUGCCAAAAUACUAAAUGACUGCAGCAGAAGAGGAAAACACAACAGGUCACAGCGAUGAGAGGAGAGAAAGCAAGCCAGUGCCAUUGGUCGUAUCAUCUUUCCCUCUUCUUUCCAAAUUUUUCUUUAAACAAGAGGCGUUUAUGUGGCAAAUACAGUCCUCUAGAAUCUCUACUAAUGCCCACACCAAAAUGAGACACUGCAAAGCAGUUAUUGGAUGUUUUCUCCAAGCGAGUCAGUAUUGGCUGUUUUUUUUUUUUUUUUAAAGAAUGGCCAAUAAAAGGCUGGAGGGCACCAGAAGCCAUCGACUACUGGGUGUAAAGCCCAGUGAAAGCCUGAUCUCUAUGCACUGGAGUUUACACUGGACCUGUUACAUUACUCAACCUAAUAAAAUAUGAUGUGUUUUAAAUGAUGGGAAUUGUGGGUGGGCUCACACUGAUUGUAUAAUCUACAAUGUGAUAUCGCAGAACAAGUCAAUCAGUUGAAGAAUACUGCAGGUGUCGACAAUCGCUUGUGAAAUAACCCGCUCACCACUGCUCCCACUGCCCGAGCUCCUCGUAGGAAUAGCUGUCCGCUGCCAGUUUGAACUCUUCUGAUAGGACGGAGAUGUGAGUAUCUGGGUAAACGCCACCAGUGCUUUUAACUCUGAAAGCUGGAGUUUAUGUAACAUUUUAGGAUUUUUUAAACAAAUGGAUGCUACUCACAGAGUGUCAAAGUGAGCUUACAGACUCUUCUCUGAACACACGCUCUGCCUCCUUCCAAGAAAACCUCACGAGUAUUUGACGCUUUGUGUUUCUGUGUGUGUGAGAGAGAAAAAACAUUUUUUUUUUAUGUUUGAUUUGUACAUUUGUCUAAAUUCUUGAAAGGGAUUUUGAAUCGGAUCAUAAGAGCAAGUUUAAAAUAUUAAAAUUGAAGCAAUUUAGUCUAAAAAUUCGGAGUUUCUAUAAAAUCUCUUACGCUAAAUAAAGAAGGGCUUUUAUUAUAUGAGCUCAAAAACCUUGGCAACUUUUGCUCUGCAGAAAAGCUCAGUUUGCGCAGAAUCUGUUUCUGCUGUCGAGUUUAAAUCUGGCUUGAUUUAGGCUUACUCUAAUGAAAUUUACAGGACUUGACCCUUGGUCUAUAUUAAACUAUUUUGAACGUUCAAAAUAUGCAAUGAUCAAUACAGUUUUGUUCAACAAAUUAGCAUCUCUAAUUGGUUUUGUCAAAAAUAAAGCCGAAAUUUUUCAGUAAAUUGGUUUACAGGAGCUGCUCUGUUAAAACAAGUUUCCAGGUGCAGUUAUGAAAUGGGUUUUCAUUAACCAUGUUAGGUCUCUUGAUGAUUUUGAAACUUUUUUGGCAGCUUUAUGUAUGAAGAGAAGAUGAAUUUGACAAUG